AUGGGUCCGUGGUUAGCAGUUCUAGAGGCAUGGCUAGUCAAAGACUACUUGAGAGCCAAACAUUCCACCAGGGUGUCCGACGAGUUCACAAGAGCAUUUAUCGCUUACGCCACGGUCCUUUGGAAGGAGACGAAGGCGGCACAAACCUCGAGAGUCCGACAAGGUCCGGGAUUUGGGAAGCAUUUCUGGGACGAGAUACAGGCUCAGGUCGGUCGCAAGAAUCUAGAAAAUCCGCUCGAGAAGCCCGAUCCAACACGCACCACACGAACACACCACCCGCCCCCGAAUCAACCUGUACAAGAGCAGACCACUCGACAAAGAACCGACCUUCCGCCUCAGCCACCAAAGGAAGGAUUCUUGUCACAUUUCAUGGACGAGCUACGCUCGCAAACCCGCGGCCGCGACAAAAACCCUUGA